UGAUGAUUUUUUUUGUAAGGGAAAGACUAUUAAAGGAUGUAAACAGAAGACAAUGCAUUCUGCAGAAUUUAUAACUAACCUGAUCUCUAGCCCAAAAAACUUUCCCUGCUCAGUGUUUUCCAAAACAUACAGUCUGGCAACCCCCGGUCUGAUCUUACUGAUUGCUGUGCCUGCAGGCGUCACUGUUUUGAUCGCGGUUCAAGAGUCUAACCUGUGCGCAGAAGUGAUUGGGCGAGGCUCAGAACGUUUGCAAGUCCAGAGCUUCAUCUCAUCUGUCAGUCCUGCGGGUGGAGGCGGAAUUCAGGACUUCUUUCAGCGCGCGCACUGAAUCCUCAUAACUCCUUUCUCCAUUACGCGUUCGUCUGAUGCUUUCCACUCCAUCCCUCCCUCAAGAGCUGCCGAGUCUCUGAUUUCCUCAGCAACUUGCGUGUGACUUUAUAACGUCAGAAACGCGAAUGUCUCGAGCGUGUGCGCCGCCGCAGCCGAUUCGCGCCGCGCGCAAAACCGAGUGGCUCCGCUGCGCCCUCGCGCACCACUUCAGCCGUGAGCCCGAGGUCGAGAACGAGAUCGUGGUGCUGGCCACCGGCAUCGACCAGUACCUGCAAGAGGUCUUCCAUCACCUCGCUUACGCCAGCAGCAGCAGCAGCAGCGAUCUGGUGUCCGAACAGGACUUCCGGCUGCUCUGUUCAGUACUCGGUGUGAGCGCGGAUGAGGACAGAGCGCGCGAGGAGAGGGACGUGUGCUCCGAGCUUCCACUCGCGCUCAGCUUCAGGGAGUUUCACUCGCGCCUCUGCGGUUUCUUCGCCGUCCGAGCGCGAGACUCACCGACAUCCGCGCGCCUUCCGGUCACCGAGGAAACGGAGCACGUUGAGCGCGAGAUCAGGCUCCGGUGGCCUCGAGUGAGGCGGAGAAAAUGCGUCAGCUUCGACUUAAGUCGGGACGGUGCUGCAAACAGGACAUCACGCGACAGGAAGGAAAACGUGAAAGUGUCCGCACCGGAAGCAGGACAGCAAGGUCAGCAGAGAUCAUGGCAGGAACAGGUUGAGCUGGAGAACACCAGUCUGAGAGAGCUUGUGGAAGACCUGCGUUCGGCUCUCCAGAGCAGCGACGCUCGCUGCAUGUCCCUCGAGGUGGCCCUGAGGAGGGAGCGUCUGUACGCACCUGGCAAAAACUCUCCACAAAUCACUGAAAGCCAAACCUGCUUUGCUGGCAGUGAGCCCAGACUGACGCAAACUAAACAAACCAGGCGCACAAAGGACCUGCUCCGAGAGCUAGAGUUGAUCCGGGCUUCACGUGACGGCCAGCUGGAGGAGGCGAUGAGGUUCAACCAGAGGCUGGAGGAGGAAGUUAUGUCGGCAUACAGUGAGGUCAGCAGGCUGGAGGAAACAGUGGCGAGGCUGAGAAGAGAGAGCGGAGAGAUCAAGAGGAGGGCAGAGGACGCAAGAGCGGCUCUCGCUGCAGGUCUGGCGAGGGUCAAAGACAUCCAGGACCGGGCGGAGCAGGUCGGGCCACUGCAGGAGAAAGUCCAAAACCUCGAGGUGGAACUGGAGACAUUCAGAUCUCGGUGCACCUGCAGAGCUGAAUGUGAGAGAAGAACCGAACCUCCAGUCGAGUCAGUGGAACCCACAGCGCGCGCGAUUCCCACGGGCCGAGAUGAGACGCUCAUCAGAGGAGAGGAAGACCUGCAGAGGGCGGUGGAGGGCCGAGCAGCCUCGGAUGAGGAGGAGGAUGUGAACGUGAAGGAGGAAGGCCAGUGCUGUCUCCUGGAGGUGAAGCGACUUAUUAACAAACUUCACAACUGCGCAAAGGGAUGUCAGAAGAUGGCGUUGUGUCAUCUGCUCCUGUCAAAGAACUCUACAGGUCAUUAUAGCAAUCAGACCGGCUGCACCGGUCCAGAGUCAAAGACAAGGGGACGAAGGCACCACAUGCUUCUGGAUGAAAAGAAAACGGAUAAAAGAAUCUCGCGGAGAACCCUGGGUAAAAUCCUGCUGAACACACUAGAUCUGUGCAACACGAAAGGCCAAGAAUUGAUUCCCGUCUUCCAGGUCGUGGACGCUCUUUGUCAGCAGCUGGUCUCCAGCGAGCUGGUGUGUGUGGAGGGAGAUGUCACGACAUGGCGAGGUGUAAACCCACAUCACCGAAACAGCACAAACCCCCUCCUCAUCUCCUGCUGAGACUGAGACUUGUGUACUUCAUCCAGGUGUUUGAGGAAGAUCCUUAAAUACUUAACAUGUGAUAGUUAGAUCUCUAUCUAAUUUGUUUCACUGCAUUAUAUAUAAGAUUAAAAGAACUUCAUAAGAAAAAAGCUUCCUUUGUGUGUCGAAAACAUUGUCUCACUUCCAAAUAAAAACCUAGUGGUUGCCAUUAACACAUUUUCCCAUCAAGAUAUAAUUGUUUUUCCAGGAUUCAGUUACAGAGCCAUAUUCGUGUAUUACAGUAUCUCCUUACUUACAAGUGAUCCGUGCUGGAAAAAGAAAAAGAAAUAUCGGAAUACCCUACAGUGGAAUUGCUGUAAACAUCUAUCCAUCAGGAUCUAAUUAUUUUCAUGGUUUCCAAAAGCUUGU